GCAUAAGAGCCAUGUGUUUUUGUUCCACGCUUUGGACGGCUCAAAAACUUUUUAGAACUGAGAGAGAGAGAGAGAGAGAGAGAGAGAGAGAUGUGGAGCGGAAGCAGCAGGAGAGAAAAAACAAGCUUUCUUCCAUGCGCUGAUUUGAUCUCAGCUGUUGAGGGAUAACUUGUUGGACAAUACCUCGGGGAGAUUCUGCAAGCGACACAACAACAGAGAUUAAUCCUCAGUUGUGUGUUCCGGUCCCGUCACCCAUCGCCUGUUUCGGGGAUGCAGCGCGAGGAGCUGUCAGCCAGAGAGGAGUUCACCUACAGCCACGUGUCCACCCUGGAGAGGGGUGGAGGUACUCUGGGACGACGGGGCGACAGGGGGCAGGACAGGGGGGCGGAGAGGAGGCCAGAGAGGGGAGCGGAGCGUGACAGGCCCGAGCGGGACAGCUACACGGUGGACGUGAGGGCCAGCGACCUUCAGCUGGCCCAGCCUGAACCCCUAAAACACCCCUGCUUCAGCUGCAGGGCCUGGCUCUACAGUGUCCUCAUAGGGGGCAGUCUGCUAAUCACGUCUGGUUUCUCUCUCUACCUGGGGAAUGUGUUUCCUGUUGCCAUGGACUACCUGCGCUGUGCUGCAGGCUCUGGCAUACCUGCAGCCAUUGCUAGUUUUGCCAUUGCCAAGAACAGACACAUUGCAGUGUCAGAUUUCCAGGUGGUGUAUGUCUCAACUUUUGCUGUGACGACGACCUGCCUGGUUUGGUUUGGCUGUAAACUGGUCCUGAGCCCCUCCGCUGUCAAUAUAAACUUUAACCUCAUCCUCAUGAUUUUGCUGGAAGUGCUGAUGGCCAGUACUGUCAUCCUGUCAGCGCGUUCUGCAGAGGACUGCUGCAGCCACAGGAAGCCAGUGACAUAUGACAGACCUGUGGUUUUAACCCCUGCCGUUUUCCCCACUCGACUCCUCAAGGCAUAUUCUGUGAUUGAAGUGAUAGUGGGAAUCUCUGCUGUGUUUGGAGGUAUUAUUGCGCUCAACAUGGAUGCUUUGCUCCCUGGGCCCUACCUGUCUGUUACCUUUUUCUGGAUCCUUGUGGCUUGUUUCCCCAGUGCUAUCGCCAGUCAUGUUGUGUCAGAGUACCCAAACAAAUGUCUGGUGGAAGCGCUGAUUGCCAUCAGCAGUGUGACGUCUCCCCUGCUCUUCUCAGCCUCCGGCUUUCUCUCCUGCAGUGUGCUCAGCUUUGUGGAGAUCUUCUUGCAUGACGUACCGACAGCUAAGCAAUCCUAUGACAUCCUGCUGCUGAUUCUGAUGGUGCUGCUGCUGGUGCAGGCAGUACUAACUCUGGCCACUGUGGUGCACUGUGCCUCCUACAAGAGUCAGCUCCGCAUGGGGGCUCCAGAGUGGGACGACAGCAUGCAGACCCCGUCCCAGUACUCUGAGCAGCAAGCAUCCAAUGGAACACUGCGGGAUUUUGACAAAGACAAGGCCUGGAAGGCAGUUGUGGUCCAAAUGGCUCAAUGAACAGUUUUAAGGGUUAUAAGAAGUGGAGGAAAGAGGAAUAAACAACUGAGAGAAUACUGUCUAACCCAGAGGACUGCAACCCUGAGACAGAAACAUGAGCAUAAAGACAAGACAGAGGAGCCAAGAUCGAUUCAGAGAGGAUGACAGAGCGACAGAGAGAGAGAGGGAGAGAGAGAGAGAGAAAGAAACUGCAAAACGAGACACAUGAAAUCUCUUUUAUACAGAGCUUGAAUGCUUCACGUGAGAGUCACGUGUAAUGGGGUUUUGAUUUGCUGAAGAUAUGUGCAUAGAUGAUCCCGUAAUUUCUGCCUUUUUCUCUGACGUCUGGGUUAUGAUACUUGCUUUAACAAUCUGCUUACUGUAGGGAAGAGUGGAAUAAUUUGAGCAGGCGGUGUGUUGAGCUGCUCCCUGUAGCUUGGGAAGUCCAAACAGAAUGAUGACACUGACACCUUUUAGAUAAAAUUAAUCUCACACGUGUGCCAUUCUUCAGUAAUAAAAAGGGUAUCUAUGACUUUAAGCCCAAGUACAAGGUUUUGUGAUUUUUAGUCAAAUUUAACAUGAUGCAAUCAUCUUGUUCAGUUCAAUAAAUGUAUUCUUUAAAACCAAAUGCAUUUGGGAUUCUGUGAGCCAAGACAGUCUCAGUGAAAUCAGCGCAUGUCUUACACCUGCAAAUACCGAUGCAUAAAAAUCCAUCCACUUAUAAAUGAUAACUCCUUUCACCUUGUUAUGGUGACCGAGCUAUUUUGGUUGUUUUUUUUCCAAUUUUUUGCCGUACUACAGAGUAUUAACAUAGAAAAUACUGUGUAUGCAGUGCUUGUAAUUUUCUCAAACUGACAACCUAACACAUGGUGGCUCAGCUCACCCCAACUUAGGAAACAAACUCUGAUUGUCUUGUUGUGAUUUUGAAACAUCAGCAUCCAUGGGAAAGAUACUAAAUACAAGAAAAACACAACAAAACAAAAACAACAGCAAAAAAAAAAAAAAAAAAAAAAUGUCUGAUGUUGAUGAAAGCAAUGGCACAUUUCUUUCUCCACAAUAAAGUCAUGACUCAUCGUACCUCUCUUCACUAUGUCAAUACUGCGUUUGAUAGGCCUGCUGUGAGCUCUUAUGUGGUGGGCCUGUCUGCAUCGUUUCACACGCAGUCAUCUUGGUCAGAAAUAUUUUUAUUGAAUCUUGACUGAAUUUUGUCUAAUUUAGAAAAAUAAAAUGUUUUAUAUCAUCUGUAUAUAA